AUGGACCCCCACUUCAACAUUAAAGCUCUUAGAUACACCUGCCGGACUUCUGACACUGGCUUAGUUCCACAAUCGGCAGGAUCGUCAGGAUGUUUUCAUCAUCCUGACAGUCCUGCUGUUGUUAUUAGGAUGAGGUUAAUAUUAUUGUUGACAGUGAUAUAUUUGUUCCAAUGCGAAGGUGCUGCUACCCUUCGCAACAAUGAUCUGCCGAUAAUCAAUGAUAGGCCUAUUAUUGGAGUCCUAUCUCAGGAACAAUCCGCCUACCUUCACACUAAAUAUCCUGUAGAGAAUUAUACAAGCUACAUCGCUGCUUCCUACGUUAAAGAUGUUGAAGCUUCUGGAGCGAGAGUUGUGCCUUUACUAAUUGGGAAGAGUCGUGAGUAUUAUAGAGAAAUGAUGAGCAAACUAAACGGAAUACUUUUGCCCGGUGGAGCGACAUUUUUAAAUCGGACUAACGGUUAUGGCGACGCUGGGCAACACAUCUAUGAAAUAGCACAAGAAUUAAACGAUGCCGGGCAAUACUUCCCUAUAUUUGGAACCUGUCUUGGAUUUGAGCUUCUAAUCUUACUCGCAUCAGGCCGUGGCAAAGAGGAAAAUAGGAUAAGGUGUUACUCUUUUGAAAAUCUUCCUCUUGAUUUCACCGAUGAUUUCCGUGACAGUAAAAUGUUUAAAGAUGCGCCUGAGGAUAUUAUCACACUCUUGGCAACAGAAGAUGUGACAGUCAAUGCCCAUCAGUUCUGUAUAGUUGACGAGAACCUGCAGGCUUAUAACUUGGAAAAUGACUGGCGUGCUACUUCUUAUUCAGAUGACGAAUAUGGAAUAAAGUUCAUUGCAACUAUUGAACAUAACAGGUAUCCAUUUUAUGGUGUGCAAUUCCAUCCUGAGAAGAGUUCUUUUGAGUGGAAACUCUCCAAAAAAUAUCCACAUUCUGUAAAUGCUGUUGUAGCAAAUAGGUACUUCAUGAAUUUCUUUGUUAAAGAAUGUAGAAAGAGUGCCCAUGCAUUCAGGAGUGCCUCUGAAGAAAACAAUUAUAUGAUAUAUAACCAUGAAGCCAAAUUCACAGGAGUUCUUGGCAGUCAACAUCAUGAGAUUUACUUUUUUGAGCCCAGAGGACCCGUCUCUAAUUAA